AUCGUUUUCCAGUAGCUUCACAUUCUUUCCUUGUUUUCCUUCCACUCUCCUUUCUUCAUACUCUUCAUAUUCAUCGCCACCGGGCUGGUUCCCUCAUUUUCUCGAUCUCUCUCUGUGCAUCUACUAGGCUUUGUUCUGUCGCCAACAUCUAUACGACUUGAACGCAGCACACUUCUUGAACUACGGUGUUUCACAUUCAUUCACUGACGGGCAGCAUCUACUGUUCAAGCCUCUUGACACACUCAUUCCAACACAACUACCUUUUCACGAGCGAUUACGAUUACCAUGGCUGGCUUCAUGAAAUCACCGGCUCUCCGUGGCGCUGGGCUGGUCGUUCUCCAGGCUCUUCGAGUGGCUACCGUUAUUACCCUCCUGACUGCCGGCGCUGCCUGCUGGAUCCUGAUCAUCAACGUCGAAAAGAACAAGCCGUACUUCAUCUUCGAGUGCUUUACACUUUUUUUCGUCUCCGUUUUCUGCUCUUUACUCGCUGUCUCGGAACUUGCAUUUGCGGAGUUUAUCAAGGUUUACCUGCGUCGCAUGUGGCCGGUCCUCUCCGACCACCAUGGACUUAGUUGGCUGGGCUUUGGAAUGAUCAUCAUCGGCUGCAACAUCUUGGGAAUGCUCAAUCACGACUUGAAGAUGUCCUCCGCCCUGUCAUCGCUGGUGCUGGCUGCGGGCAUCCUUGCCUUCAUUUUUGGCUUUCUCAACGUCGUCUGCUCCUUCAUUUGGUGUGAUAGAAAAGAAGGCAUUACGUCUCGCGACAUCCGCGCAAAUGGCUCGCUGGCACAAUCACAACGCCAGUAUACCGAAUACGAUAAUUCUAUCCGGGCAUCUCCCAUUAGAAACGAAAAGUACAGGAGCAAGAUUGCAUCCAUGUUCUGGAAGAAGGAAAAGGAUGAAUACGCGAAUGGACAUCCCGAGAUCAGCCCUCCCUACACCAGCCACCCGGCCCGUGACAUCGAAGCACAGAGCGACAGUCCUAUUAUUCCAGGACUUAAGCGCCCCGACACAGCUCUGCACCCAAUGAACAGUCGCAGUAUCCGCAGCAGUCGGUAUUCUGAGGCCAACAUGUCACGGUUUUGAUCGCUGACAAAGGCAGAGCCUGGGGCCUCUUCCUCUCAAAGGGGAAAAUUGAACAAAGAAAAAUGGAAAGAAAAAAAUCCGAAAAUCGAAAAGAACAUGACACUCAUGAUGGACAAAGAAGGUCCGAGAGCUGGACGAAUGGAUCAAGGGCGUUGAGGGCUGGGAACAAGCGAGGGCUGAUAAUACUGAGAUACCCCAAAGAGGGCUGGACAUGAUCUUUCUGAUUUGUUUGCAUGUGCAGUUUUUUUUUAAAGAGUGAUUUUUAGCAAUGAUUCAAUGCGAGAAAAAAAACUUAUAUCAUAAAAGAGAAAACAUCUUGAAAGAAGCG